UGUGAAUCCUAACUGUACACUGUCUGAAGUGGACGAACGGCUCUGGCUUCGGCGUGUUACGUGUAUAGUAGGCCCCUUUUGAACGAACGGCGCGGGCCGGGGCCACCACCAGCAUCUGCGGCAGGGAGAAUCGCGUUGGUUCGACGCAAACGCUACCCGGCGCCCCCUUGCCCUUGGGGCCGGCUAUUUUACCGCACCCGUUCUCCCCUCUCUACCGCAGAUCAGAUCACACUCGUAGAGAGAAGGAAAAAUAUCCCCAAACCCUAGCUCCCGAUCUCGAUGGCGAACCCUCGCGUCUUCUUCGACAUGACCGUCGGCGGCGCCCCGGCGGGCCGGAUCGUGAUGGAGCUGUACGCCAACGAGGUGCCCAAGACCGCGGAGAACUUCCGCGCGCUGUGCACGGGCGAGAAGGGCGUGGGCAAGUCCGGGAAGCCGCUCCACUACAAGGGCUCCACCUUCCACCGCGUCAUCCCCGAGUUCAUGUGCCAGGGCGGCGACUUCACCCGCGGCAACGGCACCGGCGGCGAGUCCAUCUACGGCGAGAAGUUCCCCGACGAGAAGUUCGUGCGCAAGCACACCGCCCCCGGUGUGCUCUCCAUGGCCAACGCCGGGCCCAACACCAACGGCUCCCAGUUCUUCAUCUGCACCGUCGCGACCCCUUGGCUCGACGGCAAGCACGUCGUCUUCGGCCAGGUCGUCGAGGGCAUGGACGUCGUCAAGGCCAUCGAGAAGGUGGGCACCCGCAACGGCUCCACCUCCAAGGUGGUCAAGGUCGCUGACUGCGGACAGCUCUCCUAGAUCUCUCUGAUCUGGUCUGUUCGGCCGCCCUCCCUCCGUCAUCGUCGACUCCCCCUGCGUCCGUUCCUUUGGAUCUGAAUAAGAUGGUGGUGAUCUGAGUGGUGGUCUUAGUUUAUCAUGUAUCGCUCGCAGUUUAAUUUAGCGGUUUAGGUGUGGAUCUGUGAACCCCAUGGCGCCUCUGCUUGAUUCGUGUUUCACCUGUUAUGUUCUGAGAUUCAUGAUAAUGCUAUGAGAACUGAAAUUCCCGUUUCAUGCUUCUUAAA